GUUCCAUAUGGCGGCAGUAACGGUACUUGUGGCGUCUUCGGUUGAAAUUAACUUUUUGUAUAUUUCGUGUGAAAUUUGUUCUUCUGUAUUGUCUUUGUGUUUCUGUAUAAAAUAUUCAGUUGCAAAAUGAGCGAGAGCAGCUUGAAACAAGAAUUGAACACGCUGAACUUAAAAUUGACACAAAUAACCAACCUUAUAAAAGGUUGGCAAAUGGAGCAGAUUCAGAGAAAUGGACGCAUGCGAAAGAAGUUUAGCGACGAUGAGGACGACAUUUUGAGCUCAGACGAUGAGGAGCAAAAACAAGCCCAAAAAUUUAUUGGCAUUAUGCGCAAGCUACCAUACUAUGAACCUAGUCAGAACAUGCUGAAGGCCAUGACCGCUGACUUCAACGACGAAAGCCUCGCAGAAGAGAGCAAAACUUUUAGCUCUUAUUUGCAGACACUGCAGCUAGAUUCGGAAAAUGUUUGCUCAGUGCUGAGCACACUGCUUAGCAUAGAGGAUAUCUCAAACAUGCAGCUUUAUGCUGAGCUCAUGCAGCCCAAAGUCUAUUUGAGGAAAGUCAAUAAAUCAUGUUAUAGCUUUGUGCCUUGCAGUAAAGCAGAUAUCAAUCUAGAGGAAGUGGUUGCUCCAAAUGUGGACGAGGCAGUGCUAAUACCCAAGGCUAGCUUGGAGGAAGCUCCUCCGUCCAAUUCUAUACUGUCACUGUUACCGCAUAAGCACGAAUCGUUGCCAUCAAAGAAUCCGAUGCGCCGUUUCGUGGCCAGCGUUGAUCAAGUGACUCGCACUUCGAUUCAACUGAAAUUCAAACGAGGCACUCUUCGGGGUGACUUAUCCCUCACAGAACCGUACUUUGUAAUUCUACGCUCUCGACGCACAGCGUUUCGUUUUAUGUAUCGUGCGAUGCAGUUGCUGCAAGAGAGUCCUUGCCUACGUCGCUAUUUAUUUCCAACCAAGCCGUUGGCGAGCGAGAUGCCCCAAGUGAAUCUAUCAUCUAAUUUAAUUCUCUUUAACGAUACCAUUGCCUCCAACAUGGAGCAGCUUCAGGCAGUAAAUCAGAUCGUUAAUGGCCCCAGCAAAGAAGGGCCGUACAUUGUAUUUGGACCUCCAGGCACCGGCAAGACAACAACCAUUGUCGAGGCUAUUCUACAGUUGCGACUUCGCCAGCCGCGAAGUCGUAUUCUUGUUACCGCUGGUUCGAACUCGGCCUGUGACACAAUUGCCGUGAGAAUAUGCAAGUAUUUCGCUAGCAAUGAACGUUUGCAGGCGCACUUGAUGGAGCGGGCUAAAGAGUCGCGUUUGGUCACCGAGGACGUCGAGCUGAAUUGUCAGUUAAUACGUCUGUUCUCGCGCUCUGUCUACGCUAAGGGACUAAAUUCGGUGGAGCCGCUGCUCGUAAGCCAUUCCAAUUGUGCCAAGUAUGAGUACGAGCACACGCGUGUGGACAAGCUGCGCAAAUAUGGCAUAAUUGUCGCCACAUUGUGCACUGUGGGCCGUCUGGUAACAGAUAAUGUUGGUAAAUUUAAUUUCUUUACACACGUCUUCAUCGAUGAGGCUGGCGCUUCAACGGAACCCGAAGCUCUCGUGGGUAUUGUGGGCAUUAAGCAACAGGAGGAAUGCCAUGUGAUACUUUCGGGCGAUCACAAGCAGCUGGGCGCCGUUAUUAAGAAUAAUCGUGCUGCAAAUCUGGGCCUACGUCACUCGCUGAUGGAGCGUCUGCUCCAUUGCGAUAUGUACGCUUUGGACGCCAACGGGAAUUACGAUCACACAUUGCAGACCCGAUUGCGUCAAAACUAUAGAUCCCAUCCGGCCAUUGUCGGACUGUAUAAUAAGCUCUACUACAAUAAUGAGCUCAUAGCACAGGCGCCGCCGUCAGAAGUCAAUCUAGCGGCCAAAUGGCGAAUGCUGUGCAAGCCCGAUUUUCCGAUUUUAUUCCAAGCCACACAUGGCGUGACCAGACGCGAGGAUCACUCCACCAGUUCGCUUAAUAUGCUGGAGGCACAGGUGGUCUGCUGGUAUGUCAAGCGUUUGCUUUGCUUAGGCCUAGGCGGCGGUACUUAUGUACAGCAGACGGAUAUUGGCAUCGUGGCACCGUAUGCGGCACAGUGUAAGCUCCUCAACGAGCUACUACGCAACCAGGGCUGCUACGAUGUGGAGGUGGGCAGCGUCGAAAACUAUCAGGGACGUGAGAAGCCGAUUAUAAUUGCCACGCUUGUGCGUUCGUUUGCCAACAUCGGCUUCAUGCGUAAUCCACGUCGCGUGAAUGUGAUGCUCUCGCGCGCCAAGUCCCUGAUGAUACUUAUUGGCAAUCCGGUCACGCUGCGCCAUCAUCGCGACAUCAAUUACGUCAUCAACCAGUGCAAGUUGCAUGGCACUUACUUGUUCAAGAAGAGGAAUGGAGACCGUCCACGGUUCCUCAAGGAUCUAGUCGAAGACGACAACGAUAUUGAUGAUCAAUAUGAAUCAGAAGAGGAAGAUAAGUGUUGGUAUGCAAAGAUGCCGCAGGAUAUUCCCGUAGCUUUUCCCAAGAGCCCACAUGGCGAAAAUGGAAAUGGAACGGAUGACAGAAGCCAGAGCGAGAGCAGGAACAGGAGCAAUUCGUUUGCGACUGAAUCAUUUACUGAUAGCAGCAGCUCGCGUACAUCCUUUCAGUCAAGUAAUAGUCCCAACUCAAUAUCUAAUUUAUCACUUCAUAGCCCCGAGCAGAUUAAGGUUGAAUCCAACUUCUUAAUAGCCUGCGCUGCGGCCUCAGAAUUCACUAAACAAGAGCUGCUGCAGUUGCAGUAA